UCCGACUAAAGACUGUGGGUCGAGGAGUACAUAUCGGACUAUGAAUUGGAAAAACCCCCAUUUAAAUCGCUAUAAAAUCUCAACAAUCACCUUCUGCUCUCUUUACCAACCACUAUUUUCUCCUUCUCUCUCAGCCGCAAGAGCACCGCUCUCUCCUCCCUUCUCCUGUGGUUUCGUUUCAUUGAUUUCUCCGAGAUGGCAAAUCAGACAGAGGAUCCGCCGAUCCCAAGCGCAGAGAUUGUGGGCACUGCUUUUGUGCGUCAGUAUUACACAAUACUUAAUCAAAGCCCUCAUGAGGUUUACAAGUUUUAUUCCAAAGACAGUCUCUUGAGCCGACCUGAGGCAGAUGGUACAAUGACAACAGUUGAAACUGUACAAGCCAUCAAUGAGAAGAUAUUAUCGUUGGACUGUCCGUCUAUACAUAUUUUGACGGUAGAUUCUCAGUUUUCAUUGGCCAAUGGAGUAAUUGUUUUAGUGACCGGGAAUAUAGUUGGAAACGACCAAGUGAAAAGAAGAUUUACUCAAACUUUCUUUUUAGCCACGCAAGAGACAGGAGGAUAUUUUGUCUUAAAUGACAUGUUUAAGUUUGUCAUCGAUGAUAAUACAAAUAAGUACGCUCCUGGUUAUGUUGCAGAAGAGACUCCAAAUGUUCCUUUGAACCCAAAUGAUGAGUUAUGUGCUGUUGCUGACGAGCCUAUUCCCACUCAAACAACUUAUGUGGAGGUUGAUAGUGCCAAUGGAAAUGAAGUUAAUCAUGUGUUGAAGAACUGUGAGGAGUCUGAGAAAAAUGUUAUUUCUGAAAAAAGUGUUGUUGCUGAGAAGAGUGUUGUUGUUGAAAAAGGUGUUGAUGCAAGACAGAGUGUUGCUAACCAUGUCAAUGAAGCAGCUUCUUCAGCUUCUUCCAACAUCCAGAAGGAUGCUCCGAAAAAGACUUUUGCAUCAGUUGUGAAUGCCUUGAGUGUGAAUAAAGCUCCCUUCAAUGUGAGGGCACCCCCACCUAAACCUGUUGAGCGGCCACGUGCAACGGCCCCUGCACCUGUAGCACCUGAAGCUUUAACCCGAAACAACAGUACUGCAAGUUCUGUGGAAAAGAACAAUGUUCCUGCAGUUAAAGCUCAUGCCAUUUUUGUUGCAAAUUUGCCUAUGAGUGCAACUGUCGAAGAAUUGGAUAAGCUUUUCAAGCAGUUUGGAUCCAUCAAGCGCGAUGGGAUUCAAGUUAGAAGCAAUAAGAUACAGGGAACAUGCUUUGGAUUUGUGGAAUUUGAAUCUGCUAGUUCCAUGCAGAGUGCAAUAAAGGCAUCUCCUAUUGAAUUUGGCUCUCGUUUGUUAUCCAUCGAAGAAAGACGAGCAAACAAUGAUAGAGGAAAGUUUCCUUCUGGAAAAGGUGGGUAUCGAAAUGACAACUUUAGGGGCCGCGAGAACUAUAGUGGAGGCGGAGGCCGUGGGAACUAUGGUGGAGGUCGUGGUUAUGGAAGAAACGAUUUACGUGGUGAAUCAAGUCAAUUUUCAGGCCAAGCUAGGGGCAAUGGCGGGCGCUAUGGAGAAAGGCCUUAUCAGAAUGGAGGAAAGGUUGUUCGUCAAACAGCAAAGCCGUUGGCCGCAGCAUGAGAAUUAGGUUGUGGCUUUGGUUAGUAGCUCAUUCACAAGAUUUUGCCUCAUCUCAUAGGUUAGGUGCUUUUUGGUAGGCAGAUUUUAGAAAGCGGCAUCUCAAGUUUUGAAGUUAUGAUAGAGUUUUUCAGUCAUUCUUUGCCAUCCAUUGAUUUUUUCCAUUUCAAAAAAUUUUGUAACUCUAUUUUUCUAUGGAAUAAUUUCUAUAACAAAAUUUCAUUUCAUUUCUC